AAAGAAGGAUAAUGGAAAGAGUACUUGAAAAAUCCAUCAAAAUGGAAGACAAUUGGGUCGUGGUAUUCUAUAUUCGUUCGAGUACCGUGGAACAACAGCGGUAAGAAUUAAAUGGCGGUUAGGAGACCAAUUUGUGACUGUAUCGCGUUGUGUAAAUUAGCAUCGAUAUCGACGGAGUAGUAGAAAGGACGAACCGUGUCGGACAUCGGGAGGUGGAAAAUGUAAUAAGACCCCUAAUAAGUUUCCAACUAUCAUCGCGAACGUCCACGGUUUUCCACGUGUCCCGCGUUCUUUCGACGAUCAGCCAUUUCCUUUCCCUGGGGGUCUUUCGAGAUGAAGGUUUCGUGGGUCCUGGGACUGGCGGUGGUCCUUUGUGGACUGUGGUAUGCACCUUGCGCCCACGCAGCGCCCCCAACGGCCGUAGGUUUAGGGCUCUCGUCAUUGAGUGGUUUGUUGAAUCCAAGCAGCAUCCAAGCGAACUUGCCAAGCUUGGUCGAGAAUCUAGUGACCACGAUCAGUCACUUUCCCGAGACGAUCAUCGAAUUCGUCCUGAGUAUCGUGAGAAACGUGUUCUCCAACAUCAAUGCCUGGCUACAAAACGCCCCAUCGACGAUGGCCUCGCUGAUCGACCCAUUUCUGGCGCCAUUUUCGAUCUUGGGCAGCUCUGGCGGCGGAAGACCUCGAAGAUGGCUGUUAUCCACGGUGACAUUUCCGAUCCAGUUCGUGCAAAAUAGGAUAUCGUCGAUCGAGAAUUACGUUAUCGAGUGGAUCCAGACGUUCUUGAUGCAAGCGAUACAAUGGUCCUGGUACUUCUUGUCCACUUAUGCGAUCCCGGGGCUGCACAGCGCGCUGAACACGAUCGACGAAUCGGUGACCUUGCCUUCUGGAAUUCACGACAUGAUCAGAACCAUAAACGCCACUUAUUCGUUGCUACGAGUACUCGGUGUCUUCGCAUAGACCAACUGGCUCAACUUUAAUUUGAUUAUAGUUUUAAAUUAUUUUUUAUGUUUAAAUUAAUACAUGGUAUUCUUCUGCACAGAAAUUGCACAUGAUAGAAGUCCAAGCUUAUUUGCUAUAAAUAGUUCUUUUGGUACUUAAUUUUAUUCCAUUCUAUUAUUUAUUAUUUUCUUAUUUCCUAUUCUAUACUUUUCAUUACCUUCUUCCCUAUCGUUCAAAUGAAUUUUUAGGUU